AUAUUACUUUACCAGCCCUGCAGCUCCAUGUUCUUCACAUCUGCAACUAGCAAUGGUAUGACAAUGGGCUCAGUAUGGCCUUAGUAACACAUUCAGAUGCUCACAAAAUAGUUGCUCAACAGCAAAUGCAUCGAGAAUUGCUGCAUGCUAUUAGUGAGGCACAUGUUAGGCUACAGAAAGUUGCUGAUAAAGUCCGAUCUGCGUUGCACUUAGAAGAAACCUCCGGACAGCUAACAAAGCCCCAGUUCGUAAGCGAAAAUCCAUCUGGUGCCCCUGGAGAACACUUGCUCUUACAGCAAUCCAAAAUGUCCGCGGCAUCUGCAGUCUUUCUUCACAAGGCCGUAGAGUGUUUUUCUAACGUUGAACAGCAGCUGACUGAGAAAAGGUCCGAAAUACGUCGGCUUUCCGCAGACAACGAUGACCUAAAGGCUUGUGUGGCGCAUCUAUUGGAAGAAAUCUCUGACGCUGAAGGUCAAUUAGCUGCGGCCAAUGAAGAAGCAGAGUACUGGGAGUUGCUGUGCUCUCUUGGGCAAAAAGAUCACGAUCUGGAGCUGUACCAGAGCGAUGCUGAGACGUGGAACGAAACGUUACGCUACGAUACAUUGUGGCAUUCGGAGUAUGCGUGUUCGUUGAGCGACCAUAUACAACCUAUGUUAAUAAACAGUGAGAACGAAUGCGCCUCAAAUAUAAUGCAGAGGGUUUUGUCUUUGCCUUUGAACGAUGUCAAGGACGCACCCACACACGCUUCUUUGUUGGAACUAGUUGCGAGAAAGUUUUAUGAAAAUGAGAACUUCUCUUCAUGUGCUGCUCUACUAGAGAAAGUUAUUGAGCUCCGAAAGUCUUCCUAUGGCUCCAAUCACCCAAUUGUUGCCGCUACCAUGCUGUGUCUUGCUAUCACCCGUGGUGCAAUGAAGGAUUUUGACAUGGCUCCAAAACUUGCUCACGAAGCACUAGACUUAAUGGAGAGACACACCGAUGCACCGAAAAAUAGAGAGACCGUCGCACGGCAGUAUGCAAAAGUAGGGCAAAAGUUAAUGUUGUGGGGUUUUCACCAAGAGGGUAUUCGAUUAAUGCAGCAAGCUUUAUACAUGCUAGAAGAUCUACUGCCGCGUGAAGAACCGUACUGGUGUCAACUUGUGUAUCUCAUGGCACGUAUGUGCAAUGACAAUGGGUAUUAUGACGAUGCAUUGACUGCGUCAUGUUACACCGUGGAUUACUUCCAUGCCGAGCAACACGGCCUGUUUGCAGCCCGUAUUCCUACCAUCGUGGAGGUGGCUUACGCUCACCAAACUGUGAAACGUCCGCCGGUUCUGCUCAGUCGUUCCCUUACCAACGCAUUAAAAGAGGCCGCUAUCUCAUUUGCGGGAAGACAUGAAUUUAAAGCAGCCCAGAUUCUCGCCAAUUAUCUCAAUGCCUGUUCCAAUGCUUCCAUUUGCGAUCCCAACGCUCUCUAUAUUCCACCUUUACGGCAUGAACAGCAGAGUAUUCUCAAAUCUGUGCGUCCGAAAAUAGUCCGCACAAAUCGACCCAGAGACCCGGACAACAAGGGCGUACUACGCAACCUAACUGGUCUCUUCAAAACUAAAAGAUAACCUAUUGCAGCAGUUUUGAGAAAUUUGGAUAUUCUCAAUAAAGUGUGUUCACAUCGCG